UUACCCGCGCCGGACUCACCGCCGCCGCCGCCGCGGGAUCGGAGUGGGGGCGCGGGCGCGGGCGCUCUCGGCGAGCCACGGUGAUACUGGCUAGAGUGCAUGCUUUUGGACCGAAGCUCAACUUUUCAAAUGUGGAAUCCUAGGCCUUCAUCGGUUUCUGAAAGAAGCUGACUGCCUGGAAGGAAGCUAUAAAACAUGAAAAUCGCUUUGAGGUGACCAACAAGUCCAGUGGCUCCUUACUCCUCCCAGGGUGGGUCUGAGGUUGAGGAACUGUGGCAUCAGAUGAGGAAACUUGGGCCCAGAGAGAAGGAGUGACAGCCCCAGUCACGUGGUGUGGCACUCGGACCCCCGACUGCGGGCCGGGCACGGACCUCUUCAACGUGGUUUGGAGCUGGAGUUCCUUGUAAGACCUCCAAUGGCGGACCAGAGAAUGGACAUUUCUUCAACAAUCAGUGAUUUCAUGUCCCCAGGCGCCAGCGACCUCCUCUCCAGCCCCCUCGGCACCGGCGGCGUGGAUUGCACCCGCAAACGGAAAGGCAGCUCCACCGACUACCAACUUGAUGACUUUUCUUUUGAUCACGUUCUCUUGUUUUUUUUCAGGGAAAGCAUGGACACAGACAAAGAUGACCCUCACGGAAGGUUAGAAUACACAGAGCACCAAGGAAGGAUCAAAAAUGCAAGGGAAGCUCACAGUCAAAUUGAAAAGAGGCGCCGGGAUAAAAUGAACAGUUUUAUUGAUGAAUUGGCUUCCUUGGUACCAACAUGCAACGCGAUGUCCAGGAAAUUAGAUAAACUUACUGUGCUACGGAUGGCCGUUCAGCACAUGAAAACAUUACGAGGUGCCACCAAUCCAUACACAGAAGCAAACUACAAACCAACCUUUCUGUCAGAUGAUGAAUUGAAACACCUCAUUCUCAGGGCAGCAGAUGGAUUUUUGUUUGUCGUAGGAUGUGACCGAGGGAAGAUACUCUUUGUCUCAGAGUCUGUCUUCAAGAUCCUCAACUACAGCCAGAAUGAUCUGAUUGGUCAGAGCUUGUUUGACUACCUACAUCCUAAAGACAUUGCCAAAGUCAAGGAGCAGCUCUCCUCCUCCGACACGGCGCCCAGGGAACGACUCAUAGAUGCAAAAACUGGACUUCCAGUUAAAACAGAUAUAACCCCUGGGCCAUCUCGGUUAUGUUCUGGAGCACGGCGUUCUUUCUUCUGUAGGAUGAAGUGUAACAGGCCUUCAGUAAAGGUUGAAGACAAGGAUUUCCCCUCCACCUGCUCAAAGAAAAAAGCAGAUCGAAAAAGUUUCUGCACAAUCCACAGCACAGGCUAUUUGAAAAGCUGGCCGCCCACAAAGAUGGGGCUGGACGAAGACAACGAACCGGACAACGAGGGGUGUAAUCUCAGCUGCCUCGUUGCAAUAGGACGACUGCAUUCUCACGUGGUCCCACAACCAGUGAACGGAGAAAUCAGGGUGAAGUCUAUGGAAUAUGUUUCUCGGCACGCCAUAGAUGGGAAGUUUGUUUUUGUAGACCAGAGGGCAACAGCUAUUUUGGCAUAUUUACCACAAGAACUUCUAGGCACAUCAUGUUAUGAAUAUUUUCACCAAGAUGACAUAGGGCAUCUCGCAGAAUGUCAUAGGCAAGUUUUACAGACAAGAGAAAAAAUUACAACUAACUGCUAUAAGUUUAAAAUCAAAGAUGGUUCUUUCAUCACGCUGCGGAGUCGAUGGUUCAGUUUCAUGAACCCUUGGACCAAGGAAGUAGAAUACAUUGUCUCAACCAACACUGUUGUUUUAGCCAACGUCCUGGAAGGUGGGGACCCAACCUUCCCGCAGCUCACAGCGUCCCCCCACAGCAUGGACAGCAUGCUGCCCUCUGGAGAAGGUGGUCCAAAGAGGGCCCAGCCCACUGUUCCAGGGAUUCCAGGGGGAACCAGGGCUGGGGCAGGAAAAAUAGGCCGAAUGAUUGCUGAGGAAAUCAUGGAAAUCCACAGGAUAAGGGGGUCAUCGCCUUCCAGCUGUGGCUCCAGCCCGCUCAACAUCACGAGCACACCUCCCCCGGACGCCUCUUCUCCCGGAGGCAAGAAGAUUUUAAAUGGAGGGACUCCAGACAUUCCUUCCGGUGGCCUCCUACCAGGGCAGGCUCAGGAGAACCCAGGUUAUCCAUAUUCUGAUAGUUCCUCUAUUCUUGGUGAGAACCCGCACAUUGGCAUAGACAUGAUAGACAACGAUCAAGGCUCAAGUAGUCCCAGUAAUGAUGAAGCAGCAAUGGCGGUCAUAAUGAGCCUCUUGGAAGCAGAUGCUGGGCUGGGUGGCCCUGUUGACUUUAGCGACUUGCCAUGGCCGCUGUAAACACUACAUGUUGCUUUAGCAACAGCUACAGUAUCAAAGUGCAUUACUGGUGGAGUUUUACAGUCUGUGAAGCUUACUGGGUAAGGAGAGAACAGCUUUUAUGUACCGUCUUCAUAAAAGCCAUCUCAGAGCCAUUGAUACAAGUCAAUCUUACUAUGUGUAACUUCAGACAAAGUGGAACUAAGCCUGCUCCAGUGUUUCCUCAUCAUUGAUUAUUGGGCUAGCUGUGGAUAGCUUGCAUUAAUUGUAUAUUUUGGAUUCUGUUUGUGUUAAAUUUUUUUAAUCAUUGUGCACAGAAGCAUCAUUGGUAGCUUUUAUAUGCAAAUGGUCAUUUCAGAUGUAUGGUGUUUUUACACUACAAAGAAGUCCCCCAUGUGGAUAUUUCUUAUACUAAUUGUAUCAUAAAGCUGUUUAUUCUUCCUUGUAAGAAUCCUUUACUAUAAAUAUGGGUUAAAGUAUAAUGUAUUAGACAGUUAAAUAUUUUUA